AAUUCGUCCAUCUAUGCAGCAAAAAUUUCUCAGGUCCAUCAUGGAUUACAAUCGAGGAGUUUGAUGCUAUGUGGGUAGCUGGUGCCGAGCGCCAGUUGAGUCUCAGACCCAGCUCGCCGUCCCCCGAGGAGAAAAUGAAGCGCAAACAAGAACGUUAUCGCAAGGGUUUGAUCAUAGCUCUCAACACUUAUGCCAAGCUAAACAACAUGCAGCUCAAUGAGUUGGAAAUUGUGGAAGAGAAAGGGAGGAACCAAGUCGAUGGGUAUGGGGGACUAUAUGAGCAUUCCAACUUUCUGGUGAAAGAUUUAGAUGGAAAACAUACUUUGUUCUUUGCUGAAACGCAUCAUAAUUGCACACAGGAGGAGGAUGUUGUUCUCUGCGCUCCUUUGGAAGAAAGUAGCUAUGGUCAUUGUUUUGGGUGUGAUGAUCGGGCAAAGGAGCUUAAGCACCCCUCUGGCGGUGGCUACUUAGGUGGACUUGAUGAGGUGAUUUUUCAUUUCGACGAUCUGGAUAGUGAUGAUGACUAUUUUAUGUGAAUGAAUACGUCCACCGACGGAGAGCUACAACCUACAAACUAAUCUCUUAGUCUUGGUCUAUUGAGUUUAAGUUAUUAAUAGCUGCUG